AUGAAACACCAAUGUNGUUUUUCUUAUAUAUCCCAGCUGCAAAUAAAUCAAUCGAUAAUUUUUUGCAAUUCUGUCAAUCGAGUGGAGCUGUUGGCUAAGAAAAUCACAGAACUUGGUUAUUCAUGCUUCUACAUUCAUGCAAAGAUGGUUCAAGACCAUAGAAACAGAGUGUUCCAUGAGUUCCGCAAUGGUGCUUGCAGGAAUCUCGUCUGCACCGAUCUGUUUACUCGUGGAAUAGACAUUCAAGCUGUGAAUGUAGUGAUCAACUUUGAUUUUCCUAGGACUUCCGAGUCGUAUCUACACAGGGUGGGACGAUCAGGACGGUUUGGACACCUUGGAUUGGCUGUGAAUUUGGUAACAUACGAGGAUCGCUUCAAAAUGUAUCAGACUGAGCAGGAACUUGGGACUGAAAUCAAACCAAUUCCUUCUAAUAUCGAUCAAGCAAUCUACUGUCAGUAAACUUGUAACCGUGCAUGAAACGUUUCUCCACCUGAAGAGAGACACGGGUUGAUUAAAAUGGUGUUUCUCAAAGCUCGAUGGGGAGGAGAUGAGGCAACUAGUGCUUGGCGGUUCAUGUAAAGAAAGACUCGUUACAGAGUUGGUUUGGUUUCUAAUCUCUCUCUCUAGACUUUUUAUAUUUCCUGGUUCUAUGAAACCUUUUUACGUUGCACUUAUGGCUCCUCUUUGACUUGGCUAGUAAUAAAAGAUAGAACGUAUGACGGAACUCACGUAUGACCCUCCUCUCUGUUUUGUUUUUGUGUUGGGCUUUGUUUGGAACUAUGGGCCUCAGCACAUUUAGGAUUUCUAUAUCAUGAAAGUUGCACUUUGUUUAUUUUAUUUUUGUACUUCCAUAAAAAAAUUAUUUUGAUUUUUCCAAAAGAAUUUCUUUCUUCCUCA